AUGACUGCCGUCUCUGGUCCCUUCAAGUACUGUUUGCUAUCCCUCGUUGCUCAAGAAGCGGCUACAGUUCGCUAUCUGGUCCUCUGGCUCGAGCUUGCACCAACAGUGACCCACGCCGGGCAUCUCCUAUACCCCGGAGUCUUCCAUAUCGACGUCAAUGUCCCCCGCGUAGAACACAUCCGACCCAUCGACCCCGUUCGGACGGUGACUCUCUACUACCAGAUGCUGGGCGCAAAGAACGGGUCAUCGACUCGCGGGCGCGCCUGGCCCCUGGCUGCUGAACAUCAAAUUGUCAAUGCGCUCAUGUGCAGCGUCUGUGGCGAGUGUGACAGCUGCUUCCCCCUCGAGCCGAUCGCCGCCAGUGCUUCAGCCUACACCCUGCUCACCCCGCGCGUGGUCAUCCCUGACUGCGCGACGUACGUCCCGCACGUGUCCUCGCAUGAUGACCUGUCCCCGACCUCCACGCGCAACACUAUCGCUGUCGUCCCCGACCCCACCGUCUACUUUGCCGACACCCCGGAAAUGCGCGACGACAUCGUCAUUGACUUGGAAGAGCAUUACGAAGCGUAA